AUGGAUUUAACUGCUAUUCAAGAAGUGAGAUGGACAAGUUCAGGGAGCUUUAAGUCUCAAGGAAUGAUUCUAUUUUACAGUGGUAAGGACAAACACGAACAAGGUGUAGGGUUUAUACCUAAAGAAAAUUUUUUACCACAAAUUGCAAAUUUCAAACCUAUAAAUGACCGUAUAUGUUACAUGGAACUUAAAUCUGAUAAACCAAAAAUAGUGAUCGGAGAUUUUAAUGCAAAAAUCCAAUAUAAUCCAACAAUUGGAUCUGAAAGCUUACAUGAAGAAUCUAAUGAUAAUGGUUAUAAGUUGAUCUCUUUUGCAGCUGCUAGGAAUAUGACUAUAAGUUACACAUGUUUCCUGCACAAGAAUAUUCAUAAACAAACAUGGAUUUCGACAUGUGGUUAUGUAAGAAACCAAAUAGACCACACAACAGUUGAUUCACGGAUAAAGUCUUGUGUAAGAGAUGUAAGAAGCAUGAGAGGAAGUAGCGCUAUGUCGGAUCAUUUUCUCAAUAUACAAGAAAGACCAAAUAUAAGUGAAACAUGGAAAGAAGUAGAACAAACAAUAAAAACCAUARCUGUAGAGGUACUUGGUACAUACCAGAAAAAACAAGGAAAAUGUGAUUUACUGAAGACUUUAAAAGAGCUUUACAUGAAAAAGAUAGAGUCCGCAUGA